CACCCACGUUUAUUCUUGAUUUAUGCUACUACUUAUACUGCAUGCUAGAACAGACUUUGAUUAAAAUGAAAUAAUUAAAACCAACAUUAACCUUGAUAAUGCUCUUUGAAUUAGUUUGUAUAAUUAUGUUUCACAGUACCAGAACUCUCAUACUUUUUUCCUUUACAUAAAGAGGAAUCCACAGAAUCAAGUGGUAUGGAAAUUGAAGGUCCACAGAUUGUUGAACCAAAGCCAAACCGAAUUCUUCGUUCUACGACAUCAGAAAGCAGAAAUCAACAAGUAGAAGUACUUCCUCGCCGAAGUCAUGUUCUGCCGGCGCAAUGCAUCAUUUGUAAAAGGAUGCAGUAUAUUAAAGGUACAUUUAAUAGAGCAAAAGCUCCUGAAAAAUUAGUCAGAUGUGAAACAUUAAGUGGUGGGAAGUUAAUUGAGGCUGCUGUUGCAAAGCAAGAUGAUUCCCUUUUAUUAGAUAUCAGGGAUAAGGAUCUUGUGGCAAUUGAGGCUAGAUACCAUAAAUCAUGUUUUCGUAGGUACACUAGGUCUGUGCAAGCAUCAGCUACACCAAAUUUAGCUGGAAAAAACCCAUAUGAACGAGGUUAUAAUAGUUUCUGUAAUAAGGUUGUAGAGGGAAGAAUUAUAAAACAGAAAGAAAUACUCAGACUUGUACAUAUGAAGCAAUUAUUUGUCAAAGAGGUAAUGGAUGUUGAAUGUGAGGAU